UUUUUAAAAAUUCUGCACUUUGACAGUGGUGGCGAAAUACACUAAUCCAAAAGUGAUAUUUCUGUUGAUGGAGGUGGAUUUUUUUUUUCCUUUUGAUUCCAACCUUUCUCCCCGUGACAAAGCAUAAAUCAUGGAGACCAGAAAAUAAGGUGGACCUCAGGAAUCCUGAAAAGACUGAGAAGCUUACAUUCUUCCUCUGGAGGGAAGGGUGGGGUGUUUUUAGCCCUCUCUGGAACCUAAAACGAAAACAUGAGUUGCGUGCCAUGGAAAGGAGACAAGGCCAAAUCUGAAUCUUUGGAGCUGCCUCAGGCAGCACCCCCACAAAUCUACCAUGAGAAACAGCGCAGGGAGCUUUGUGCCCUGCAUGCCCUCAAUAACGUCUUCCAGGACAGCAAUGCUUUCACCCGGGAAACGCUGCAAGAGAUUUUCCAGAGGUUGUCUCCAAACACCAUGGUGACCCCCCACAAGAAGAGCAUGCUAGGAAAUGGGAACUACGAUGUGAACGUCAUUAUGGCGGCACUUCAAACCAAAGGCUAUGAAGCUGUCUGGUGGGACAAACGCAGGGAUGUCAGUGCCAUUGCUCUCACGAAUGUCAUGGGCUUCAUCAUGAAUCUGCCCUCCAGCCUGUGCUGGGGUCCACUGAAGUUGCCUCUCAAAAGGCAGCACUGGAUCUGUGUUCGAGAGGUGGGAGGUGCCUAUUACAACCUCGACUCCAAACUGAAGAUGCCCGAGUGGAUUGGAGGCGAGAGCGAGCUCAGGAAAUUUCUCAAACAUCACUUGCGAGGAAAGAACUGUGAACUCCUGCUGGUGGUGCCAGAAGAGGUGGAGGCCCGUCAGAGUUGGAGGGCUGACGUGUAAUGCAGUUCUACCCAGCCUUCCCUCCCCUCGGCCCCCCAAGUCCUCUGUCAUGUGUUGUGGCCUAUCCAGUGGGUCUGCCCUUGCCACUCCCCCAAACAUCUCAUUGGGUUUCCCCUCCGAUUUGACAGUGCAAUAGGAGACGGAUGUGUGGACGGUUACAAGAACCACCACCCAGCGUUACUCAUUCCUGGGACAGGAAGGUAGGAGCUCUGUGUGCUUAGGGCGGAGCUGUGGAAGACCCUUGUUUUCUUUGAGAGGAGGAAGAAAGGUGGAUCCAAUCUUAACUUUCCCCAUCCCUACGAGGACUUGACAGAGGCUCUGCUGGAGGACACUGCUGCUGUGACUCACCUGGAGAUGCUGCCUCCACUUCCCCUUUCCUGGCAACCAGUGGGUCUGAAGACAUAGUACAUGCACAGCCCAUGUGACUGGCUUGACGGACCCAGAGCAUAAGGGCCUCUCAGGAAACCAUCUCCAAAACCCCAGCAGUGGUACAGCAUGCCAUCUCCAACCCUUAAUGCCACCCAUUACCCCCAUUUUGAGGGUGGUUUAUGGCCAUCCUUGGAGUUUUCUAAUGAAACAUUUAGUAUUCCAUGCCGGGUGGUUGACUCCUGCAAUAUUCUAGUGUGACAGGGUGAGCUAGAUACCUAAGAGGACAUGGCAGAAGGCAGACUGGGGCCGGCACAGAUGGCCUGUCGGCCUCACUCCAGCAUUGUCCCUGCCACUUCACUACAUUGAUUUCGGAGGCUCUGGGGCACGAGAUAGGCCAGAGAGCAGUUUUUCCGGUUGACACACUCCGGCAGAAUCAGGAAACAAGUCUGCCUUCGAUAUCAAAUUCCACUAGUUUGAGAAACAGUUGAGUGAGGAAAAGUAUUGUGAAGAUAAGCUACUCAGAGAGUAAGAGCAGCUAGAAUUGGUAGAAGUCCUAGGCUCGGAGUCACUAUAGUGACAAGAAUCAGAACCCUCAAGUUGGGUGUUUACGUGCAUUAUGUUAUAGGACCUGGAUUUGUCAUCUUUCUUUAGUUUCCUUUACAAAUCAACGAGAAUUGAUCGACCCCCUACCUCUUCAAAUAGUUGUAGGCCACUUUUCUCCUGUAACUUUGGAAAACAAAAGAGAAGGAGGGGAAGUAUCCUACCACACUGUGUGUCACCCAAGUGGUUGUGGUUGCCUCAAGACAGGUGGGCAGGCAGGGAUGGCCUGUCUACCCCUUAAAGUUCGGUGGUCUUGGCGGGUCUGAGAGCUGCCCCACUGGCCAGACGUCUCUCCAGCAGCAAAGCCAGCCUGGGGCUUGCAUGUCCAGCCUGAGCAAGCUUAACAGGAUUAAGCUGAGGCUUUCUCCCCACUGUGACUGGAGUGCAUGUUUACACCAGCACUUUUUCUGCACAUGUAUCUUCAAUCCAACAAGGCCGUUUUUUAUGCCGAGUAACAGAGGCCACCAAGCAGCUACUGCAUCACACCCCCUUGGCAACUGGCUGCAGUCUCUUCUGCACCAUUUUCCACACCAGACCUGCUUGGCACCACAGGGAGCUCUUUACCCCUGCACAAUGACAUUCCAACCACCACCAGCCAGAAGUUACAGCCAACCUGAUUGUCACAAGCAGGACCUUGGGUCCAUGGGCACUGUCAGUGAUAGUAAGCCAUCUUCUGGGAGGACGGGGAACUCCUCUCCAAUCUGCUUGGGCCUGUGCAAAUGGCACUUCAGAGGAGUCCCCGUGCACUUGGAGUCCAUGAGCCAAUGGGAUAUGCAAAGACGCUUAAACAUUUCAGGGCUGGUUUCUCUGUUCAUAUCCAAUUUUGGUGCUUAGGAACAGGGACCCAUGCUGAUGCCCAAGGGCAAAAAGCCCCACUUCCUUUAAGGAAGGGGGCAGGCCUGACCCUGAUGCCCAAUAAGGGGCAACCCUAGGCUUUUUGUUUUUCUUGCUUUUAUUCCUUUUUUUUGUUGUUGUUGGCCUUGUGCUGGGUUUGUUUACAAAAGAUGUAUUUUGUUUAACCAAAUAUUAAAAAUGGAAAACUCCAUACAUAAAUCUCA